AUGUUUCUUUGUUUGUAUUAUGAUCUCUUUUUCUCUCUUGCUUACUCAUCCUUCAAUAUUUCCCACACUUUCUCUCAAAUAUCCAUCUCUCUUUCUCCAUGGCUGAUCUUUCACCAUCUCCUUCUCCAAAUUGUCAUGAUCACAGUCAUCAAUCUCAGCAACAACAAUCCUCCACCAUUGAUUUCAAUGUCACGGUGAUCAUGGUUGCCAUGCUUUGUGCUCUAGUGUGUGCUCUAGGCCUCAACUCCACCCUCCAAUGUGUGUUUCAAUGCACAUACAGAGUCGUCACCGAGCCAAGACAAUGGCUUGUUUCUCGGAGACAAAACUCAGGGCUUAAAAAGAAAGAAGUUGUGGCUUUGCCCACUUCAACUUUUGUCAAUAAUUCUUCAGAUAAUUCACCAUCAUCAUCAUCAGCUUCAGGAACUUGUGCUAUUUGUCUUGUGGACUUCAUUGAUGGAGAUAAAAUUAGGGUUCUUCCCAAAUGCAACCAUCGUUUCCACGUUCCAUGUAUUGAUAAGUGGCUUCUCUCUCACUCUUCUUGCCCUACUUGCAGGCACAGGCUUAAGAAUUCCAAUCACUCUUUCCAUUCCUUAGAUCAAAUUGUUGUCACACAUUAGUGAACAAUUAGUCUUUUAAUUUAGUAUUAACUACAACCUAAUUAGUAUGUUUUAUAUAGGAUUAUGUAUGUAUUAUCAUAACUUUUUCUCGAGGUUUGGUCAAAAGUCUGAAUUUUUUUUUUUUUUUUUUUUUUUUUUUUUUUAAAUCAUCUUCUACUUCUGAUACCAUCAAAGUGUAAUAGAUGCAUAUAAGUAUCAAACUGUAAUAGAUGCAUAUACAACCAGUUAAUGAAGAUGUAUGUUACAUAAAAGUUUUUCCCUCUAUUAAAUUGAAGGAUUAAUUGAUAGAGAUUUAAUGGGUGAUGAGAGAUAAUUUAAAACUACAAAAAUAGAUGAAUGGAAUCAAAUCUUAGAAAGAAGUUAU